AUGAAGCUACAGCAGGUAGACAAGUCCUGCACCAACAGUGUCCCCUGCCAAAACAAAGCUGCUGGUGCGACUGGCCAGCGGAGGAUGACCCUCCUACAGAAGGCGCCUCUCUCACAAUUUUACAGGAAGACCGAAGAAAUGGAAACGGUCGGCGACUCCAAAGAGGGCCCCAGCUCCAGCGACCGUCCGAGGCCACGUAGGAGUUCCUUUGUGCCGACAGGCGGACAUCUCGAAGAAGGUCAGGUAUUUCGGCCUCCAAGUCAGUCUAGCAUGGCACCUAGUAUCAAGUACUACGUGAGUCAACAACGCCGACAGCCCGAUGGAUUCCUCAGCAAUUCAAAGAGCACGACUAGGUCACUCAGCAUGCAGUAUGUUGAGGAGGAUAACUCGCUAGUUCACGGUACGUCCUCCUCUCCGUUUGGAAAGAACCGAAGUUUUGAUGGCGUUGAAGGCAGUCAGGUAGACCCAUGCGUAAGGCCCAGAGGCGUCUCUAUCUCCCAGACCAUGCCUCAUGAUGUUGAUGUCGAAUGCGGAAGUCAUGAUUACGUAGGACAGGAAGAGACUAGUGGGACGACGAGGAAAAAUAUAAAAGAAAAGGAAACGCUAGGGGUGGCGGACGAGAGGGACGAAGAAGUAGAGAGAGGGGAGGAGGUGGAGCGGGAGACAGAGCUGGAGUCGAUACAGGAGAAUGUAACAACACCCGAAGAAGCCAGAGAGGAUGAUGAGAACAUUUGCAAGUACCAGAUGAAGAACGAAAGGCAGGAUCGGGACAAACCGGCAGAAACAAAUCGGGAGAUAGUUGUUGGGAAGGAACGGGAGGAGAAAGGAGAGGAGGAAGAAGAAAUUAAAGAAGAAAAAGAAGAGAAUCAAGAUAAAAAAGUAGAGGAAAAAGAGCAAGAGGGGCAAGGUGGACUGGGGAGUACUGAAAUCGGCAACCAAGAGAAAAUAAAUGCAGCGGAGCAUAAAGUCUGA